AUGGCACCCACCAAGAAGAACCUCAAGGCCACCAAAAAGUUUGAAAAGAACCAUUUACAGGGUGUUCUAGACCGGAGAAAGGUCACGGCCAAGAUCAAGCAAAAGCAGCAGAUCAAAGAGAAGUCAAAGCAGCGCAAGGCCAAGGAUGCUGAGUUCUUCACCAAGGAUGGCAAGCCGCGGCCGCGAGGCCCCAAAGACAGACAAGUCAAUGACAUGAGCGUCGACGAUUUCUUCCAAGGCGGCUUCGAGGACAUCAUCGACGACAAGUCGGACAAGGCCACGCCCGGCGAAAGAAUGCGCGACCGCUCCGAGAUGAAUGCAGAGGAAGACGCCGCCGCCUCGGAAGCCAUGGAUGCACAGCCCUUUGCCAGCGACAGCGAGGAUGGCGAUCAAGAUGACGAAGAGGCGGGUAUGAACCAAGAGGCCAUGGAUGCGCUCGCCGACAAGGACCCCGAAUUCUACAAAUUUCUAAAGGAAAACGACCCCGAUGCGCUCGACUUUGACGACAAGGCCGACCUGGCAGAAGUGGAUGAGCUGAGCGCCGGCGAGGACUCCGAGGAGGAGGAGGAGCAGCCUAAGAAGAAGCAAAAGAAGACCAAGAACGCCAAGGCCAAGGAAGCGGAGGCCGAGGGCGAUAGCAAGGAACUCACCACGGCCAUUGUGGCGGGCUGGCGCAAAUCAAUGAAGGAGAGCCAGUCGCUGCGUGCGACGAGACAAGUCGUUCUCGCAUUCCGCUGCGCCGCGCACCUCAAUGAAGACGACAUUGACGAGGAUUCACAGCAGAAAUGGACCAUCAACAGCCCCGAUGUGUUCAACGACAUUCUUGUGCUCGCCCUGCGUGAGAUCCCCGUUGUCAUCAACCACCACCUCCCCGUUAAGGAGUCGGCCUCAGGCCGCGUCUACGUGCAGACGGAGAGCAAAAAGUUCCAGGCGCUUUCGCUGCUGCUCAAGACGUACACGUCGGCCAUGAUGCACCUUCUGGGCACGCUGUCUGACGACCGCACGCUCAAGCUGACGCUGUCGGCCAUGACACCCAUCCUGCCGUACCUGCUGUCGUUCAAGAAGCUCGUCAAGGCGCUGGCCAAGGCCGUCGUCACCUUUUGGGCGCAGCCCGCCAGCUCCGAGUCGACGCGCAUCACGGCAUUUUUGGUACUGCGCCGACUCGUCUCCAUCGGCGACAAGGGCAUCCGUGAGACGGUCCUCAAGGCCGUCUACCAGGGCCUCGUCCAGGGCUGCCGUAUCACCAACCACAACACCCUCCAGGGCAUCAACCUCAUGAAGAACUCGGCUGCCGAGCUCUGGGGCAUCGACCCAGCCGUCGGCUACUCCACCGCGUUCAGUUUCAUCCGCCAGCUAGCCAUUCACCUGCGCAAUAGCAUCGUCCACAACAAAAAUGACUCGUUCCGCAUGGUGUACAACUGGCAGUUUACACAUUCGCUCGACUUUUGGUCCUGCGUGCUCGCCUACCACUGCACGCCCGCCAAGGAGGCCGAGGCGGGCAAGGAGAGCCAGCUCAAGCUGCUCGUCUACCCGCUCGUCCAGGUCACGCUCGGUGCCAUGCGCCUCAUCCCCACGGCGGUCUACUUUCCGCUGCGCUUCCACCUCGUCCGCGCGCUCCUACGCACCUCGCGCGCCACCGACACGUACAUUCCGCUCGCCUCGCCGCUGCUCGAGGUCCUCGCCUCGGCGGAAAUGAAACGCCCGCCCAAGAGCGCCACCCUCAAGGCCUUCGACUUUGCCGUCGCCUACAAGGCCCCCAAGGCCUACCUACGCACGCGCGUCUUCCAGGACGGCGUCGGCGAUCAGGUCGUCGAGCUCCUCGGCGAGUUCAUGCACCUCUGGGGCACCUCGAUCGCUUUUCCCGAGCUCGCUCUGCCCGUUGUCAUCCAGCUCAAGCGCUGGCUCAAGCAGGCGCGUGGCUCCCGCACCGCCCAAGGCAACAAGAACGCCAAGCUCUCCACGCAGCUCGUCUUGCUCGUGCAAAAGAUUGAGGCCAACGCCAAGUUUAUCGAGGGCCACCGCGCCAAGGUCGACUUUGCCCCCAAGGACCGCACGCAGGUCGACGCCUUUUUGCGCGACUUUGACGCCACCAAGACGCCGAUUGGCGCGUACGUCAUCGGCCAGCGCAAGGGACGUGCCGAGAGGGCCAAGGUACUGGAAGAGGCUCGCAAGGAGGACGACAAGACGCGUCGCGAGGAAGAAAGGGCCGCGCUGCAAGGGAAUGACAUGAUGGACUCGGAUGAGGAGAUGGAGGUGGACUCGGAUGAGGAAGAGGAUGAGGUUGACAUGGAAGACGACGAAGAGGAGGAAGAGGAGGAAGAGGAAGAGGAUGAUGCGUAG